AUGGCAAACCUAAUGAGAUCACUUCUUCACAUUGGAAGUGGAAAUGAACCUAACCCUUUAACAAUGUCUGAUGAACACAUUUUGGAAGAGAUUUAUUCAACACAUGUUCAUAGUGACACCAAGUUUGAUGCUCAAUCUCUUUUCAACAUAGCUGGGAACAUUCUUACACGUUCAACACAUAUUGUUGAUAAAGUUCUUCAAGGACAUCAUGGAGCUCUGGAGCACUUAGAUAGCAUUAAUCCACACGCUAGUUUCACUUCACCAUUGUGUACUUUGAAGCAAAUUAAUUUUGAGAUGUCAUGCAAGGCACCAGGUGAGGAAAUAGCCUACAAAACAACACUAUCAAUCCUAAAUAAGCUGUCAAACUAUUCAUGGGUUGCUAAAGGAGUACUUACUCUUUCUGCCUUUGCACUUGAAUAUGGAGACUUCUGGUUUCUAUCACAGUAUCAAUCAACAGAACCACUUGCCAAAUCAUUAGGCAUAAUCAAGAGAGUUCCUCAACUCACCAAACCUCAAGCACUGAAGAAACACCGCAAUGCAAUUCUGGAACUCAACAAUCUGAUCAAAGCAACAUGGCAAGUGAUUGAUAUCAUCAUUGAGUUGGAAAGACUCAACUCGCAUCAUGAUAUCAAGGAAGUUCCAGCUCUUGCACCAGCUUUGGAACAAUUCCCUGUUGAUGUCUAUUGGGUUAUCAUCACCACUGUUGCAAUUGUUACUCAGUUUGAAUGUCUCACUACUGAUUCGGAUAAGAGGCAGGAUUUAUCUCACUUUGGUCAAAAGAUUAACAUAAUAAUCAGCAAAUUGAGGAAGCAUGUCUCACAAAUCACUAUCCAGAUUGAUGAAGCAGAGUAUAACAAGCUACUCAAGAAGCUCUUUCAAACCCCGACGGAAAUUAUGGAAGUGUUUAAGGUGUUGAUUUUUUGGAAAAACACUCCAAAAACACCCAUCAUCUAUGAUGGUUCCACUAAAACACUGGUAAAUAUUGAAGUGUUGAAAAAGAAGGAUGUGUUCUUGUUCAUUUCAACCCUGGAAAUCAUUGAAGAAGACAUCUCAAUUUUGAUUCCAAUUUAUGAUCAUAUGAAAAAAACAGGAAGCCAACACAAGAUUGUGUGGAUUCCCAUUGUGGAGGAAUGGAAUGAUAGGUUGAAGAAAAAAUUUGAUUCUUUCAAGUCUAAGAUGCCUUGGUAUGUGUUGCAUCACUUUGCACAUAUAAAAGGCAUCAAAUACAUAAAGGAGGAAUUGCAUUUCAAGCAGAAGCCUUUGGUUGUUGUGUUGAGUCCACAUGGAAAGAUUAUACAUCAGAAUGCAUUCCAUAUGAUUCAAGUUUGGGGAGUAAAAGGAUUCCCUUUCUCCAAAUCCAAAGAAGAAUCACUGACCCAAGAAUUAAUGUGGGUUGAUUCCCUUCUUGUUGACAUUGAUAUAAAGAUUAAAUGGGAGGAGGAAAAGUCUGUCAUCAUUUAUGGAGGAAAAGAUAAGGAAUGGAUUCAACAAUUCACUAAGUAUGCUGGCGCUUUAGCAAAUGAUGCCGCUCUUAAGCAAUCAAAGACUUCAAUUGACCUGUUUUGCUUGGAGUCUCAACAACCAAAUGUGGUUAACAACUUUUGGAAAAAGGUAGAGAGUUUGUUUGUGACCAAGAUGCAUGAGAAAACAAACACAGUAACACAACAGGUUGAGAAAUUGCUGUCAUACAAGAAUGAGACAGGGUGGGCAAUUGUAACCAAAGGGUCUAUUGUGACUUCUGUUGGUCAUGGGACAACAGUUUUGAAAACAGUGGCAGAGUUUGACAAAUGGAAGGAUGUGUUUAUCAACAAGGGCUUUGAAUUUGCAUUCAGAGAACAUCAUCACAAGGUUGCUAGUACCGUUCAUCUCUGCUCCCACCUUGAGAUUCCUAAUGUUGCUGGAAAAAUCCCAGACUUUAUUGAAUGUCCAGAUUGUCACCGCACAAUGGAAGUGUUUAUUAGCUACAAGUGUUGCCAUAACGUGGAUAAGGUUAAUGGCGUGCAUUAG